CAGUUUUCGAUUCACUUAUCUUGACAACUGUCAAAAUAAUAACAAAAAUUUGUGGUUAUGUUGUGAAAAUUUGUAAUUUUGGAAGAAUUAAUGGACAAUUGAGUGAUGUUUUGCAAAAAAUGAAACCAAAAACAAUCAGCUGAACUGAUUUAUACAAUUAGAGAAUUUAAAUGAAAAAUGCGAUUUUUGCCGAAAAAAACAUCUCGUCGAGGUUGGUAUUUCAGAAAGAACAGGUUAGGUUAUUGUUUAUACAUAUUUGUUGAUUUCCGAAACGUGAAAAUUUAAAAUCUAAUUACUAAUAGCAAAAGUUAUUAUCAUAUUCCUUUCAGAUCAGAAACAAUUUCUCUGGUUGUCAAUAAUACGACGGAAGACUAAGUUUUUCUUCUAUAUUUGAAGAAUAUCUAAUUGAAGAUUUUAUGAAAACAGUUUUCAUAUUUUAUUGGUAUUAUUGGCUUUGUAAGUUUUUAUAAUGCAAAGAAGAAAAAGAUGACCUUGAUUAUAAUUCUUUUCUGAACUUAAAAGUUUUUGGAAAUGAGUUCUCAGGCAAUGGAUAAUGAAGCUAAAGGAUACAAAAUGCAUCAUCUUGUCAGAAAUUCUAACACCGGACUAUUAGAACUACAUGAAGAACUGACAGAAGAAAUUUUAAAAAAUGGAAGCAUUAUUCGUUCGAGUUGGAGUAGAGAAUCAUUGGUUGAGCAUAAAAAACAACUUGAAUUAAGCCAAGAAAUUAAACCAGAACCUCCUGAACAAAAGGAACCGCAAAUAAUUCAAACUUACGCACAAGAUGAUUUGCUAACUGAACCAUACAUAAAAGAAGAAGUUGUGGUUGAUGAAGAAUCAUCAUUUGAUGCACUUCCGGACGUAUUUCCUAAAGAAGAAAACAUUGGGCAAGACCCUCUCGAAAUCACAAGAUACGAAGCGAGCACUAGCGAAAAUUUCGACAAAAACAAAACUCUCUUAUCGCUAUCAAAAUUUUUAAAAACCAGUCGUAAAAAAAUAACAAUGGACGAGUUGGAGCAGUUUUGCAUCGAGAAGAAAUGUAAAGUGAUUGUGUGCAAAAAUGAUAGAAAGAAACUGGGCCUUGUGAGCAAUCACCUAAAAAUGCAACAACAAAUCAUCAAAAAAAUGGAUAAGAAAAAAGUUGAACGGUUACAACAAGGACCGUUUCGUUUAGAUGUUAACGAAUCCAUGCGAAGUUUACAAGUUUCGGACGCACCAACAAGUCAACCUUGUAAUAUUUUAUUUCCUUCUCCGAAACCAAUUAAACGUCUUAAACCUCCAACACGGCCUACUUUAAGUGCCAGAAAAGUGGGAACAGAUGUUGUUCUCAAAUGGAGAAUGCCUCAUUGUUCUAGUGAUGUUUACGCACCUGUUGCAAGCUAUGAAGUUUAUUGCUAUAUAUUGACUACAAGUAAUAAACGUCACAAGUGGCGGAAAUUGUCCAAAAUGGAAGCAUCUCCCAUUUUUACGACUUUAACUUUAAAGGAUAUUGAUGCUGAGGUGAUCAAUUCUUUUGUAGUGCGUGCGAUUGAUAUUUAUCAAAGGCGGGGUUUGUUUAGUAAGGUUGUGUCUGUUUAAAAAAUUUCUAUUACAUGCUUUAAAUAAAUCAUAA